GGAGCGGCGGUGCGCGGCCUGCGGCGCGCAAGCAGCGGCCGGGCCCGGGUCGGACGCGUGCCCCAGCCGCGGAGGUGCCGGCUGCGGGCGGGGGCGCGGAGCCGGGCGCUGGAUGGCGGAGGCGCGGGCGGGCGCGGCCGCGGAGAGGCGACGAGAGGAAAGCGCCGCCGCGGAGCCUUCCCCCCGCGGAGGGGCUGUCCUGAUUAGCGCGGCGGGGGAGAGCGCGGAAAUCUCCGGCGUGAACUGAAACUGUGGCAAAGGGAGGGGGACAAACCCCCGAGAUUGCUUUUUUUUUCUUCUUCUUCCCCCUUUGAAAAAGGGGGUUCUGCUCAGCAUCCGCACGCAAACUUACUUGAAUGCCUUGUAGCCAGUUUAGCCCAGAGACCAAAGGAUACCCCGCACCCGAGGAGUCCUACAUGUGUGAGCACCAUCAUUACACUGGCAGAGCAACCGAGAGCCGCCUCCUUUCCUUUACCAACAUCCUCCUGGGACUGAUCUCUCUCUCCUCUGGUCCAAUAUCCGAGCCUAUCUCGUAUAUAUCUGGUUGGUUUUUGUUUUUUGUUUUUUUUUUUUUUUUCCUCCAUCUGCUGGGAUUGCUAAGUAAAUAAAUAGAGGAAAAUUCCUAAAAGGGCAUCUGAAAAUUCAGUGGGACUGAACAUGAGGAAGUGAAAUGCUCACAGACCGUUAUUAUUUUUUUUUAAUAUAAAUUAGAAAAUAUGUGCUUAAAACGCGGAUCGGAUAUAUUAGGCUUAGAAAAUAGCAGGUAAGAACUUUCUUUCUUUCUUUCCAGUACCUUCAUGCCCGGAGCGGGGAUAUCUAAAGCAAAGCCGCCCAGCCCUGGAAUAAAGGGGGAGCGAAGAGACCAGUUUGCCCUUCAGUGCUUCCUCCAUCCUGCGCGGCGAGGCUGCUUUAGGGAAGAGGCACAGCCCGCCAGGACAGAAACAGAAAGCCUUUCGAGAAGGCAGCCGAGGGCUGCCGGGGCGGAGGAGGGUGGGCUUUUUUUUCUUCUUCUUUUUUUUUUCCCUUCCUUCACCUGCACUAUGCAGGGUGAAUCCGGGUGCAGCUGAUGUAUGGAAAAGAAGAAGGAUCCGAGUCAAUAUUUUAUUUUCUCUUCGCUAAGCCGUGGGAUAGGAUUUUAAUUAUUUAUCCACCCGAACCCUCUCCGGGUAAGACGCUGCUGGAGCCAGUGGGAUAGUCCUGCCUUGCACAAUUAUUAAAGAGACUGAUCACGUACAGUGGAAGGAUAAGAGGAGCCUCCACCAGACCCGUUUUGCCUCCCGUGAAAAAAAAAAAAAAAAAAAAAAGGAGAACAUUGCCACACCACUGAAUUGAUUGCUGCCCCCCCUCACCCAUCCCCCUCCCGGCCCCCCCACCCCCCCGAACCACCACCACCACCACCACCACAACAACAACAACAACAACAAAAACCCCGCUGGGAUCUGCCUGCACCGGGACCUCCUUCGCCCCGGCUCGGAGCUGGAUGCAUUUUUCAUGAGCGCUGGGUGAACAGGUGCAAAGUGCGGCAGGGCGGCCCGGCCCCGCACCCCGGCCCGCGGCGGGGCGGCGUGUGCGUGUGUGCGCGCGUGUCUGUGUGUGUGCGUGUGAGUGAGUGUGCGAGUGUGUGUGUGUGUGUGUGUGUGCGCCCCGGCGUGUGCAUGUGUGCGUGUGUGUACUAGGAGAUUAUGGAGAGCGGCGACCGGGACAUGUACCGCCAGUUUCAAGACUGGUGUCUCAGGACUUACGGGGACUCAGGAAAAACCAAGACGGUGACCCGUAAAAAAUACGACCGGAUCGUCCAGCUCCUGAACGGCUCCGAGUCGAGCUCCACGGAUAAUGCCAAAUUCAAAUUCUGGGUCAAAUCUAAAGGCUUCCAGCUCGGCAACUCGGACGAGGUCAGUGGUGGUGCUGGAGGAGGGAAGCAAGUGCUGUACGUGCCAGUCAAAACCACGGAUGGAGUAGGUGUAGAUGAGAAGCUGUCUUUACGGCGGGUAGCCGUCGUAGAAGAUUUCUUUGACAUAAUCUAUUCCAUGCAUGUUGAAACUGGGCCUAAUGGAGAACAAAUCAGAAAACAUGCUGGACAAAAGAGAACAUAUAAAGCAAUUUCAGAGACCUAUGCCUUCCUACCGAGAGAAGCGGUGACACGAUUUCUAAUGAGCUGCUCAGAGUGCCAGAAAAGAAUGCAUUUAAACCCAGAUGGAGCAGAUCAUAAAGAUAAUGGAAAACCUCCAACUUUGGUGACCAGUAUGAUUGAUUACAACAUGCCAAUUACUAUGGCUUAUAUGAAACACAUGAAGCUGCAGCUACUAAAUUCACAGCAAGAUGAGGAUGAAAGCUCUAUAGAAAGUGAUGAGUUUGAUAUGAGUGACUCAACUAGGAUGUCAGCUGUGAACUCUGACCUCAGCUCAAAUCUGGAAGAGAGAAUGCAAAGUCCUCAGAACCUCCAGGGCCAGCAGGAUGAUGAUUCAGCCGCAGAGAGUUUUAAUGGCAAUGAGACCGUGGGACACAGUUCCAAUGCUUCAGGGGGAACACACUGCAGGGAGAUGGCAGAAACCAACAGUAAUGGCAAAACAAAUCUGGAGCAGGAUGAGCAGCCUCUGAACCUGAGUGACAGUCCCCUCUCUGCUCAGCUGACUUCAGAAUACAGACUAGAUGAUCACAGCAGUAAUGGAAAGAACAAAUACAAGACUCUCCUAAUUUCUGAUCUCAAGAUGGAACGGGAGGCAAGAGAAAAUGGAAGCAAGUCCCCUGCACAUAGCUAUUCAAGCUAUGACUCUGGCAAGAAUGAGAGUGUAGGCAGAGGUGCUGAAGAUCUGUCUCUGAACCGAGGAGAUGAGGAUGAGGAUGACCAUGAUGAGCAGGAAGAUCCUGAGAAGGUUAAUGAAUCAGAUGGGGUAGAAGCUGAGCGACUGAAAGCUUUUAACAUGUUUGUCAGGCUGUUUGUAGAUGAAAACUUGGACCGAAUGGUCCCAAUCUCUAAGCAGCCCAAAGAAAAGAUCCAGGCUAUCAUUGACUCAUGCAGGCGACAAUUCCCUGAGUAUCAAGAGCGUGCCAGAAAACGCAUACGUACUUACCUCAAGUCCUGCAGGCGGAUGAAAAGAAGUGGUUUUGAGAUGUCACGACCUAUUCCCUCACACCUUACUUCAGCAGUUGCAGAGAGUAUCCUGGCUUCCGCCUGUGAGAGUGAAAGCAGAAAUGCUGCAAAAAGGAUGCGGUUGGAUAGACAGCAGGACGAGGCAGCUCCAGCUGACAAGCAGUACAAACAGGAGCCAGCCCAGGUCACUUACUCAACAUCAGCUGUUUCCAGCACACAGGAGGUGUUGUACAUCAAUGGCAACGGGACCUACAGUUACCAUAGUUACAGAGGGCUCGGAGGUGGGCUGCUAAAUCUCAACGAUGCUUCUAGCAGUGAUCUGCAGCCUACCUCCACCACAGCCUCAACUCAGCACUGCAUCCCAGGCACCACAAACGUCCAGUCCCCUUCCAGCUCAGGUCCAACAGAUCUCAGUAUGAAGAGGCAGUUAGCAACCAGCUCUGGAUCCUCCAGUAGUUCAAGCUCUAGACCCCAGCUGAGUCCAACUGAAAUAAAUGCAGUGAGGCAGCUUGUGGCAGGGUAUCGAGAAUCAGCCGCAUUUUUAUUGCGUUCUGCAGAUGAACUGGAAAACCUUAUUUUGCAGCAGAACUGAGUCAUGUGACCUUCACACUGGCCUGGUCUUAUCUCAGAGUUUCCACUAAUGACAUUUUGAUUUCCCAGAGCACACACUUCAGUUACUGCACAGUCUUUUAGGAGAGUUAAUUACCGUAAUGCCACACUGUUCUUGAUCCAUAAAGUGAUGUGUUAAGGUGCUUCAAGUGAACUUCGACCUCUGGUAUUUCCGAGGUACUUUACUGUGUCCAGCCUAUUGCUUUUGUUUUAGUGUGUCAGCAUAAAUAUCGAAAAAGUGGCUAGAAAUUAACUCAUUCUAACAAGUGGAGGAAACAGAAGAUGCUGUGAUGGCUUAAAAAAAAAUGGUUCAAGAUCCAAGUGCAAUAUUAGUGGAAUGUGAUACUGACUCAUUGGACUUAAAGCUGCAGUAUAUGGCAAAACGUUGCCAAAUGUCCUGUUGCUACAGGGCACAAUUGCAAUUAAAAGGAUCUUGUAUUUUAAAAAAAUGUAAUUUUUAUAAAAAACAAAACAAAAGAUUUUUGUUUUCAUUCAAGAUUUUUCAUUUUUACUUUGGUAAACUUUUUCACUGGUCCUGAAAAUGUUUUGAGAAGCUAUUUUAAGUCCCCCCUUCCUCUCUUGAACCCCUGACUGUGCCCUUCUCCCCAACUUCAUAUUCUUUCUACAACAAGUAACUCUUGAUGCUGGAUAAUUCUUCCCCCGUGUACUGUAAAUUGUCAUCUGUGGAAUACCUUCCAAAGGAAGCAUGCAUUUCCUGCAUUCAUGCCAUUCUCAACUCCAUUCUGUAAUAUAUUGCAGCUUUAUUAGCAAUUAAUAAAGAGUUGAGGGUUUUUUAAAAAAGACAUAUCAUUGAGAAAAAAAAAGAUAAAUUGAUUUCUUACAGUGAGCUCAUCUAACUCCAUGAUCACUGCUGCUGUCCUAUACAAGUCCCUCUAGUUGUGAUUGGACGUAGAUGAUGAAUGUUAAGAGGUUGCAAGUGACAAUCUGAAAAUUUGCACUCUUGUGUGUAUUUAUUUUUUUUUCCUUAAUUUAAACAAAAUUCUUACCGAGGAAUGUCAUUGACACUUCUGGUAUGAUUUGUAUAAUUCCCAGGCCUAGCUAAAACCUGUACAAAACUGUAAAUGGAUGCAGCUGCAACUAUAAUAAAACUCUUCUCUCCCCUUCCCCACUCUUCCCAACCCCUCUAUUUCUUAUUUUAUAAUAUUGAUUACACAUUAAUGGUGUUUUCUUUGUGCACUACAGCAGGCUUAUUUUUAAGUAUAUAGAAAAAAGUACUUUAGUUUAUGCUUACUGUACUAUUUGUUCUGUUGUUUAGCUUUUGUUGAAUAACAAGUUUCUUGUGCAUUCCUAAAUUUGCCUUAUUUCAUGUACAAAAUUUUAUGUAAUUCUGUUUUUGACAAUGAGUUUAAGGCAUCAGUGAUAUUUUAUAUCUACUUGUUACAUAUAGUUUUCCAAGUAAUGACUGUGAUUGUGACCAAGUAAUGUGCACUUUUUCUUGUAACUGUGGACAUUGCUAUGCUUUUUUUUUCUCUAGUGUUUCUAGAAUUACUGUUGCUUACAGUCAUGUAAAAGAAAAAGAACUUUUGUGAUACUGUUGGUGAAUAUUAAUGUGAAAAAGCCUAUGAAAUAUGAGUAUUUUGGAGGUACAUAGAUACACAAACAUCUCUAAGUUGUGGACUGAUGUUCACAUAUUUAAAUGAGAAUUCAAAACCUGAGGGCUGGAAUCAUUUCCUCUGUUUUGUUUGGGUAAAUAAACAGAUUUCUGUGUUUAAA